AUGUCCCCAACGAUGAGCAAGAGAACGAACGACUCGCAUGCUCUCUUCCUUCGAACAUUUGAUGAUAACCUCGGGUUUGCCCCACCGAACGAUCCGGACGCCAAGGUCAAGCACGUCCUCGAUGUAGGCACCGGGACAGGAAUUUGGGCCUUGGACUUUGCCGAUGAGCAUCCAGGUGCUGAUAUCCAGGUUAUUGGUGUCGACUUGUCCCCUAUCCAGCCCAGCUUUGUACCUCCAAACUUGCGAUUCAUUAUUGAUGAUAUGGAAGAAGAGUGGCAGUAUUCUAACCUCUUUGACUACGUCCACAGUCGAAUGAUGAAUUCCAGCGUGGAUAACUGGGAAAACUAUGCUACCAAGAUAUAUGAUAAUCUAGAGCCCGGCGGUUACGUCGAACUACAGGAGAUUGAUAUCUUUGUGGCAUCUGACGACAACACUAUAUCUAAGAGUCAUAAUCUCUACCGAUGGGCCGAACUUCUCCAAGAAGCAUCUGACAAACUCGGUCGCCCAUACUUCAAACCAAGCGGCCUCAAAGACGUCCUUACAAAAGUCGGCUUUGAAGAUGUCAAGGAAUACAAGUUCAAAUGGCCUACUAAUCAGUGGGCAAAAGACGCCAAGCAUAAAGAGCUUGGGAUGUGGAAUAACGAGAACGCGAAUUACUUCCUCGAGGGUGUGGCUAUCGCACCGCUGACCAGGGCUUUGGGGUGGACGAGGGAGGAAGUUGCCGUCUUUAUUGCGGGAGCGAGAAAAGAGCUCAACGAUACGAGGAUUCAUGCUUAUUGGCCCAUCAUCUCGGUCUACGGACGGAAGCCCAAGGCAGCGUGA